AUGAAGUGGAAAAAUGGAACAGAAGGAGAUAUUAGACCCAUGAGCCAGAAACAAGUGGGGCGAGAAAUGCUUUCAACAUCCCAUGCCUCGAAGUACGAGGUGGGGAUGAUGGGAGAAUUCAACAACAUUCAGCGAGAAGGAACCUCGCCGCUCACGCCGCUUCAACAAGGGCAGAUUAUGGUUCCACUCCCGUGUACUGGAGGUAGCAUUAUCUAUCCGAAGCCAAAGCAAGAUCCAAGGUGCCGAGUCAGAGGGCAGCUUUGCAGGGAAACCUCAGCUGAGAACAACCCAUGCAGCAACAAGGUUUUAAGGUUGGAGGAGUAUGCCAAGCCCACUAUUCCUUAUUUGCACAACGCCCCCAAAGCCCCCAAGCAAAUGUCAACGACAAUCGCAGAGCCGCUUCUUCGCCUCUCCUGA